GUGUGUAUCUGUGGCAGUGAAUUCCACAUUUAAAAAUUUCUUAAUUUUUAAAAAGAACCUGAGUUUUAAAAGUCCCAAGAAUCACACAGUCUGCCCAAAACCAUACGAUUAGGCUUCUUAAUCGCGUUCUCUGGUGAACAUUUAUAGCCCCCCUCCCGGGAGACACGUCGGAACUCUGUUUGACCCGGAACGGCAGGAAGCGGGCUCCAGUUCCGCUGCAGCCGGAUAUGUUUGGACAGCGCAACUUUCUGCCCCAAGAUGGCGACGUGCGGCUUGCAGUAUCUGUGGCGAAGGCAGCUUCCACAAAGGCUGGCUUCAGGAGCCGGCCGGAACGUCCUGCGCCGAGCCUUCGCUCUCCCUGCUUCCAGUUCUGAUUUCCAGAGCGAAUACAGUCUGGACAAACUCUACCCGCCGCAACAAAAAGAAGGCGGCGGCAGCAGCAGCAGCAACACGGAUUUAAGAAAAAAGAAUAUACCUGAUAUUCCUGUAGACCGCUUGUCUGUAUCUUAUUGCCGGAGUAGCGGCCCAGGAGGCCAGAAUGUUAACAAAGUUAAUACAAAAGCUGAGAUCCGAUUCCAUUUGGCAUCUGCGGACUGGAUUACAGAAGAUGUGCGACAGAAAAUGGCAGUGAUGCACAAGAAAAAGAUCAGCAAAUCUGGGGAGCUGAUCAUUACCUCUGAAGAGAGUCGCUAUCAGAUGAGGAAUUUGGCAAAUUGCUUGCAAAAACUCAGAGACCUGAUCGCAGAAGCCACUGAGAAUCCUCAAGUUGUAUCCAAACUCGAUACACAGACCAUCAGAGACAGGGUGGAAAAAAUGAAUCGUGAACGUCUCCGACAAAAAAAGAUUCACUCUACUUUAAAGCAGAGUAGGCAUGUGGACUUUGACUGAAGGAAUUUGGAAAAGAGAUGCUGGCUCACUUUCCUCUCUUUCUUGAAGAAAGCAAAUCACUUUAAACUAGUUCUUUUUGUAUAAAUAAAACAUGCAACGCA